CUAACCAACGAAACCAACGAUCUCGUCAAAAGGAAGAGAAAAAACAUCCUAAGUACCCCUUCAAGUGUUGGAUCAAUGGGCCAGGUAAAGCGGAAGAGUCUAUUCAAGAGGCAGUGAAGCAGGAACAUAAUGACAUGUGCACCGGCGCUUCCAGUCAGUCGUCCAGUGGCAAGAAAAAACUAAUAGUUAAGAUGAUGAUACUUAUUCUGCUGCCAAUAUUUGCUUUAAUAGCUUUGGCCAUUUCAGAUCUCAUUACAACUGUGAGCCGCAGUAUUAAUGCAACUGUAACGCGUAGGAACGUUCGUUUAAGCCAACAGGUUGGAUCUCUUAUCCAUAGUUUGCAGCGGGAGCGUGACAUGACCGCACUCUACAUUAGCUCACUACUAGAAGAGAACGGGCCAGAACGAAAGACUUUCCUGGUCGAUACCUACCCUAUGACAGACGAGGUUUUACAGAGUCUUGAUGACUGGCCAGUAAAAGGAACCAUGGCUUACAAAAAGUUCAAGAACAAGCAAACAUUUAUGAGUUUUCUCUUUAAGUAUCGCCUGACACUAGACAAUCAAGACACCACCAUCUACGAGGUAAUUCACUUCUACACGGACGCAAUACAGAUCUUUAUCGACUGGUUCAACGGGAGUGUAGGGAAGUCUGGUGGGCAGGGGGUCUGGGAAACAUUGGUGGCUUAUCAGCUCCUGAUUGUUGGUAUGGAGCAAAUUGGUAUUGAACGAACAUUAGGUGCUGUAUUUUUUACUCAAGGCGGGUUUCAGCAAACGGAUUACCUAUGGUAUAUGGAGAAACUGCAAGUCGGUGAAAGUAAUAUAAAGUCAUCUAAAAAAUACUCAUCUCUAGUCAGCUCUAUCUUAAAUGAAAGAGUUUCUCAGGUCAAGUAUGAUUUUCAGACAACAAUUUCGAAAAUGAGAAAAGAAAUAUCUCGGAAUGAUGUGAACAGACUGCCAUCCUGGCAAGAAGGGACAUGGUGGUUUGACAAUAUGACCCUCUAUAUCGAUACCUUACAUGAGAUCCAGAGUAGGAUGGCAGUGAUCAUUCUCUCCAAGCUCGACGAGGCAGUAAAGACCGACACAGCUUGUUUAUUGACUGAUAUCAGUAUCAUGGUGGUAGUGGUCAUAAUUGGAAUCGUGAUUUUUAAAGCUGUUGAAUCUUUGACAUCAUCAAUCCAAGAUUACACACUUAUACUUGCUGACAUAACCAAAGGCCUCAAAACGGAAAAGAAACAUACAGAUACGCUGUUGUACCAAAUGCUUCCGAAAUCGGUAGCAGAGAGUCUAAAACGUCAUCAGCACGUUAAGGCCGAAUCUUAUUGUUCAGCGACGAUAAUGUUCUCGGAUAUUGUUGAAUUUACUCGGAUAUGCUCGGAAAGCACUCCUUUCCAAGUGGUCGAUAUGUUGAAUAAUGUUUACACUAUUUUUGACAACUAUAUCGACAAAUAUGAUGUUUACAAAGUUGAAACUAUAGGUGACGCCUACAUGGUUGCAUCGGGCAUACCAAAGCGGAAUGGAAAUAAACAUGGCAGUGAAAUCGCUCUUCUGGCAUUAGACCUUACACAUUGUAUUAAAGGUGUUGGCAUCCCACACAAACCGGGUUACUCUAUGACGAUACGAGUUGGUAUACACACAGGUGCAGUUGUUGCUGGAAUUGUCGGCUCGAAGAUGCCACGCUAUUGUUUAUUCGGUGAAACCGUCAACAUGGCUUCCCGGAUGGAAUCAACUGGACUCCCAAAUCGUAUUCAGAUAAGCGAAACGGCUCACGCAAUUCUAUCGAAAAUAGGCGGCUUUCUAAUGAAUACGAGAGGGGAGAUUCAUAUCAAGGGACGAGGAAUAGUUUUAACUUAUUGGCUGAUUAAGAAGGAAGCACCACGUAGCGUGAAUCAACCGGGUUCCAAUCAAAACUUUCAGCUACCCGGACAAUGUAUUCUAUAGUCUCACCACUAGUAUGCACACUACGAAUGAUGAUAAGUACCAAGUGGCUAAAAUAUAUGUAUAUAUAUAUAUAUAUAUA